GGGUCCGUAUCUAAAGAAUGUGCUCUGAGUCUGUCCUGUGUGUCUCCCACCUUAGCCUCUUGUCUGAGAUAUCAUGUGACUCCCCAAAGCCUUCCAUAAUGGGGCCGGGGUCCCCCAAUAUCCCACCAGGGGGAAAUAAAUAAGGAACAGCACCUACAGCACCGCGUGAUCCCAGGAACUGAGAGGGUUAACUCACAGGAGUCCAAAGUGCUGUUUGUCUCUGGGGAAAAAGAACUUUCUGUUUCGUUUCUUGUUCAGUCCCCGUUCUGCUCUCAGCGAUGGCGGCUGCUGAUCUGAGAGACGAGCUGAGCUGCUCCAUCUGCCUGAGCAUUUAUACUGAUCCGGUAAUGCUGCCCUGUGGCCAUAACUUCUGCCGGGGCUGCGUUGGCAGUGUGAUGGAUGCCCAGGAGGGAUUGGGGGCUUAUUCCUGCCCUGAAUGCAGAGCCGAGUAUCAGGAGCGCCCCGCCCUGCCCAGGAACAGAACUCUGGGGAACAUAGCAGCGCGGUUCUGUCCGACUGAGCCGGAGCCGGGGGAGACUGGGAUUCCCUGCACCUACUGUGUCCUCUCCCCUGUACCCGCUGUUAUAUCCUGUCUGCACUGUGAGGCUUCUCUGUGUGAUACCCACCUGCGGGGGCACAGCCAGUCAGCAGAACAUGUACUCACUGAGCCCACCGCCUCCUUCAUGGGGAGAAAAUGUUCUGUGCAUCACAAGGUUCUGGAGUAUUACUGCUGUGAGGAUUCUGCCUGUAUCUGUGUGUAUUGCUGGGUGGAUGAGAAGCACCGGGGCCACAGGGUGGAGCUGCUGAGUGAGGCCUCUGAGAAGAAGAAAGAGAAACUGAGGAAAGUUCUGGAGAAACUGAGCCCAGAGAGAGAGGAGACUGAGAGAGGAGCCCAGAGGCUGCAGGAGCGCAGGAGAGAAGGGGCAGAAGCGGCAGCCGGUGAGACAGAGAGAGUCACUGCCCUGUUUAGGGGCAUCAGGGAAGAGCUGGAAGCCCUAGAGAAGCGACUCCUGAGUGACAUCUCCAGGCAGAAAGAGGAGCUCACACUCACACUCACUGAGCUGAUCCAACAGCUGGAAAUAAAGAAGGACGAGCUGUCCAGGAAGAUCCGGCACAUUGAGGAGCUGUGCAACAUGGCAGAUCCACUCACUGUCCUACAGGAACAAUGGGAAUCCCAUGGAGCUGCCUUUUGUGGGGCUGAGGGGGCAGAUACUGAGGGCAGAGAGAGAGGGGGUAUAAAGGUCCCGGCUGUAGGGGAUCUGGAUGUGGGUCGGAUCUCAGAGACAUUACUCACAGGCUUAGCUGGGAUUGUGACUGGGGUAAAGGGAAGGAUCUAUGGGCAGGGGGCUACAGACCUGGUACUGGAUAUAAACACGGCUCAUAAUCGUGUAUCUGUAUCAGGGGACAGGAAAUCUGCUUCCUACUCACUAACAGAACUACAUUACCCACAAUCCCCAGAGAGAUUUCAGGAUUGUGCUCAGGCUUUAAGCAGCAGGAGUUUCCCCUCAGGGCGACAUUACUGGGAAGUGGAGGGCAGUGAAUCAGGGGAGUGGGAGGUAGGGGCAGCCUAUCCCAGUAUAGAGAGGGGAGGGGGGCAGUCUGGUAUUGGGAAUAAUAACAAGUCCUGGUGUUUGUACAGAGGGAGAAAUAACAGAUAUUCAGUGGGACAUGACAGUAAAUGGACAGAGUUACCCCACGUCCCUUCCUGCAGGAGAAUCAGGAUCUGGUUGGACUAUGAGGCCGGACGCCUGUCCUUUUAUGAGCUGAGUGAGCCAAUCAGGUGCUUACACACCUUCACUGCCUCCUUCACUGAGCCCCUUCAUGCUGCAUUCUGGGUAUGGAGGGAGGGAAUAUUAAAGGGACAUACUGUGUGAAAAAUAAUAUUGUGCCAAUGAAUUGUACUUAUAUAAAUAUAGAAGGAAUGGGCUUAAAAAGUUGCGUUUCACUCAUAGGCGGAGGGAGACUUUUCUGUUUGGAGGC